AUGACAACCACACUCCGGAGCGUUGGGCUGGUGGCGAUGACGGCGUGGGCCUCGGCUCAGGCGCUUGUCAUCGACGAAGCCACCUUUCAGAGGCACGACGGCAACAUGACAAGCAUUGCGUCCAGUCUCGAGACGCGGAACGAAGAGCUGCGCGCGGCUAGCUACCAAGCGCCCUGGCUUGUUGUCGGCAAAGUCGGCGGCUGCACCGCUACAUGGCUCGGCGACAAGGAGGGCUGGAGUUAUGUGCUCACUGCCGCCCACUGCGUCAAGUACAAAGGUGUCGCGACGGCGACGGCCGCGACCUUCACCGCGCCCGGAGGUCGCGUCAUCGCGUCAGGCCGAGGAAUCGCGCAUGUGCCGCCGCAACGGGUCAAAAUCCCCAAAGGCAUGGGCGGCGCGUCCACCGACGUCGCCAUUCUCAAGUUGCCGACUCACAGUGCCAUGGUCGACAAGAACGGCAAGCCGUUGGAACCGCCGGUGCUCAACGACCAACUAGACGAGCUGGGCAGAGACGUCAUCUUUGUGGGCUACGGGAGCUGGGGCGUCGGCCUGGACGGCAGCGGCGCGUACAAGCCGGCGCAGGGGGAGCGGCGGCUGUACGGGCGCAGUCGCAUCGACAGCAUCUUCGAGCUCGAGCACGGAAUCGCCGCGAGCUAUAAGCCCGUUGGGCCCUCGCCGUUCUGGGCGCGGUUGGCCCCGGGCGACAGCGGCUCGGCCUGGUGGCAGCUGCGCGACGACAAGGCGGUCAUCAUCGCGACAACCAACGGCGGCCGCUCGGUGGAAUCGACCGGGGCACGCAUAUCAAAGCAUAUUGGCUGGAUCAGGUCCGUCUACCCCGAGGCCAGGCUGUCGUCGGCCGAGAAGCCCCGGGGCUGCAUUGUGAGCCUGCGGACGAGCGCGAGAUAUUGCUUGUCCGCCGACCAGGAGGCCGAGUACUCGCUCCCUCCGUGGAUAUACGAGCACGACGUCUACGUCGACGCUGCGCCGGGCACCGCGGUGCAGCUGUCCGACUUUGACAAUCUCUCGUACCACCGCAUCGCGACGUUUGUUGGCACAGUCGACAACGGCAGGCUCAAGUCGGUCCGGGCGGCCAACGGCGUGUUGCUCGACUUCUCGAGGCCGCAUUCGAUGCGCGUCGUCAGCAACACCACCGCCGUGGGCUGCAUCACCAGCCUGCUGUCCGGUGCGAGAUAUUGUUUGCCUCCAGGCCAGCGGUCGGGCUACUCGCUGCCUGCCUGGAUAUACGCCCACGAUGUGCAGGUUCACGCCGCGCCCGGAACGGCAGUCAUGCUGUCAGAUGUUGAAAACCUCGCGUACCACCGGUUCGCAUCCUUUACCGGAUUCGUCCAGAACUGGGAACUAACCAAGGUGAGAGCCCGCAAUGGGAAACAUGUCGACUUCUCGCGGCCAAGGUCCAUGCGGGUCAUCCAGCAAUAA